CUCCCAGUGUAGACAGCUGAGGCGUCGGGAACGCGCACUCCCCCAUGCACACUUAACUCUCCGUAAUCCUAGAUACUCUGACGUCACGGUCACGACGUCAUCAACCUCAGCCGAGACAGCCGGAGUAGCAGAGAAAGCAGCGACGCCACUGACUUGUUGCCAGGACCGGGACGAGUACGAGCGCUGUUACCUGUGCACAGAGAGCGGCCAGCGUAAUCCCAAUUAUUCACAAUGACUGCAAAAACCUCUGAUGAGCAGAACCCUGCAUGCAAAAUUAUGACCUUCCGGCCGACAAUGGAAGAAUUCAGGGAUUUCAACAAAUAUUUAGUAUACAUGGAGUCUAAAGGCGCACAUCGAUCUGGAUUGGCAAAGGUCAUACCACCAAAGGAAUGGAAGCCCAAGAGACAUUAUGAUGACAUAGAUGACCUUGUGAUUCCUGCCCCAAUCCAGCAAAUGGUUACAGGACAGUCUGGUCUCUUUACUCAGUACAAUAUUCAGAAAAAGCCAUUGACUGUUAAAGAGUUCAGAAGACUGGCCAAUAGUGAUAAAUUCUGCACGCCACGAUAUUUGGAUUAUGAAGAUCUGGAACGUAAAUAUUGGAAGAAUUUAACUUUUGUUGCUCCAAUCUAUGGGGCAGAUGUCAAUGGAAGCCUUUAUGAUGAAGACAUUAAUGAAUGGAAUAUUUCUCGCUUAAACACCAUCCUGGAUGUUGUAGGAGAAGAAUGUGGGAUAUCUAUUGAAGGUGUCAAUACUCCUUAUCUCUACUUUGGCAUGUGGAAAACUACAUUUGCAUGGCAUACUGAAGAUAUGGAUCUAUACAGCAUAAACUAUCUACACUUUGGGGAGCCAAAGUCAUGGUAUUCUAUACCACCAGAGCAUGGAAAGAGACUAGAGAGACUAGCGCAAGGUUUCUUUCCCAGUAGUUGCCAAGGAUGUGAUGCUUUUCUCCGACACAAAAUGACACUUAUAUCUCCUUCAAUAUUAAAGAAAUAUGGAAUUCCUUUCAACAAGGUUACACAAGAAGCUGGUGAAUUUAUGAUCACUUUCCCAUACGGGUAUCACGCCGGUUUCAAUCAUGGAUUCAACUGUGCCGAAUCAACAAACUUUGCUACAGUCAGAUGGAUUGAUUACGGAAAAAUAGCCAAACUGUGUUCAUGCAGCAGUGAUAUGGUGAAAAUAUCAAUGGAUGUCUUUGUGAGAAUUUUUCAGCCAGACAGAUACGAGAUCUGGAGACAAGGAAAGGACACUUACACUAUUAACCACACAAAACCUACCCUUGAAUCGACACUGGAAGUUGAGGCCUGGAUGAGUAAAAGGCGGAAGAAGAGGAUGAAGAAUGCUUUAAAAAGCCUUCAGCAUACCACAUCUCGUUCUAAGAGGCUUAAGACUCGGGAGGACAAGAAAGUAUCAGCCAUGGUAGUUGGGGCAGAAAUCAUAGCUACUGAAGCUGCUACAGAUAGUUUCAAGGUCAAUGAAAAUGCCACAGAAAACAAGGAGCUAGUAAACAAAAAGGAGCCUUCGAGGCAUGUGGAGAACAUUAGAGAAGUGCAUUUGGAUCAUGGCUUAUUGAACAAUAUCCAGGCCGCAGGUUCACUUUCUAUCUCUGUGGAACAAGAUGUGAAAAUAGAAGAAGAGAGUAACCAUGACCUCAAUUUGGCUGCUUCUGGCCUAGCAGAACUGUGUGGUCAUUUCGCCCCAUCUGCAGAAGUAAAGAGAGAAGAGGGCACAGAUUUACAGCAGGGGACUGACCAGAAACCAUGCUGUCAGGAGACCCAAGGAUAUGAUCUUCCAGAGCCUGUGUCUCUAGAGAAAGAGGAGAUAAGCAGCUCUACUAGUGACGAUGGUGAUGUCAGUGACAUUGAGGUUACUGAUUGCGGCCUAGAACCUGGAGAAAUUCCUAGUAUGAUGAACGAAGGAAAACCGUGCUCUGCGAAGCCCAAUCUAUGUAUUACCAGUUGGGCAGAAAACAAUGGAAAACGCCAACUUAGGACAAAGAGUUGGAGAUUACCAGUGGGCAAACCUCCUUCUAGAUCGCUAAUGACAGUAGUUAAACAACAAACCGCAAGUGACGAAGAAUUUCAAGAAUGUGCUGGUGAAACAACUGAAGAAACAGAGCUUUGGGCAAAACCUCUUCUUCAUCUCUGGCAGACCAAGGUGCAUAGUUUUACUGCUGAAAGAGAGUAUAAUGAUUUGGUCUCAAAAGUCAAACCAUAUUGUGCCAUUUGCAGUGUCUUUUUGCCCUACUACAAGUCUGAAACUUAUAAUAAUGAUGUUCAGUCUUAUUGGGAAUCUGUAUCAAGCGGUAUUCCCACAUUGGAACAAAAAACAAAGCCCCUUGUCCCAGAAAUGUGCUUCAUAUACAGUGAAGAUAACACUGAGUACUCGCCCACAAAAACCUUUAUUGAUGAUGAUGGAAGAAGUCCACUUAUUGCCUGCACAAGAUGUUGUGUGCAAGUUCAUGCAAGUUGUUAUGGUGUUCCUUCCCAUGAAAUUCAUGAUGGAUGGAUGUGUUCUCGAUGCAGAAUUGGAGUUUGGACAGCAGAAUGCUGUCUCUGCAGUUUGCGAGGAGGUGCUCUAAAGCAAACUACUGACGAUAAAUGGGCACACAUAAUGUGUGCAAUUGCUGUUCCAGAAGUCAGAUUUAAGAAUGUUAUGGAGAGAUCUGAAAUAGACACCAGCAGAAUUCCUCUUGAGAGAUUAAAAUUGAAUUGUAUUUUCUGCAGACAAAGAGUUAAGAAUUCUCGUGGAGUUUGUAUCCAGUGUUCCUAUGGACUUUGUCCCACGUCUUUCCAUGUGACCUGCGCUCAAGCUGCAGGGGUAGUGAUGGAGCCCGACGACUGGCCCUUUGUAGUAUACAUCACAUGCUUCAGGCACAUGAUCAAUCAAAACAUGAGAAGCAAAACAACAGGGAAGAAACUAAGCAUUGGGCAGACUGUCAUUGCAAAACAUAGAAAUACGAGAUAUUACAGUUGCCGGGUUACAGAGAUAACCUCUCAGACCUUCUAUGAAGUAGAGUUCGAUGAUGGAUCUGUCAGUAAGGAUACUUUCCCUGAAGAUAUUGUUAGUAGAGACUGCCUUAAGCUAGGACCACCAGUAGAGGGAGAAGAUGUACAAGUGAAAUGGCCUGAUGGGUUACUUUAUGGUGCCAAAUACCUUGGAAAUACCAUAGUGUAUAUGUAUCGGGUUGAAUUUGAAGAUGGUUCGCAAAUUGUCACAAAAAGAGAAGAUGUUUACACACUGGAUGAAGAACUUCCUAAAAAGAUUAAAUCUCGCUAUUCCAAAGCAUCAGACAUGAAAUUUGAAGAUGCUUUCUAUGGGGAGGAAGUUAUUCAAGGAGAGAGGAAAAGACAGAGAGUGCUGAAUGUGAAGUUUAAGAACGAAUAUGUAAAUGACCCGGGAUAUCGUACAUUUCUCAAGAGCUCAUUCCAAAAGAAGUGCCGCAAGGGACAAUAAUAAACAAAUACACCAGACUCCGUACAAGAGGACAGAUUUGGUACAACUAUUGCACUACAUUUUAAAUGGAAGGAUGAACAUUCUCACAAGCUGGAUGCAAAGGAUAUGAUGCAUAAAACGUUUUAGCUGAAAGCCUUCUGGUAAAGUCGCAUUAAUAUGAUUAUAGGUUUCUGCAUGUGCAAUUAUAGCUUAAUUUCCAGUAGGUUGUAUAUACGGGGAAACACAAUGCAUGCAGUGGAGAGCUGAUCAACCCAGUGGGUAACAUUAGUAAGUGGAAUAUGCAAAAGUAACCCUAAUAGAGUACAAAGCGAUUGGAGGGCAGACUGCAGAAAUAGCAACUUAUGACAACCCAGCAGUCCUGUCCUCCAGCGAGAUAACAGUAUUUCUCCAGAAGCCAUGUGGGGAAGUCUGCUUGAUGUCUGCAAAUGUGUGCCUGUGUACUUACCUACACGCUAAGUAAGGUUUAUACACUGGGACUGUGCAUUGGUGGGGUUAACACUUAUCUCUUCUAACCAUAGUGCUCCAACUGGUGGUUACCUUAAUCAUCCCAUCUUGUCAGCUCCCCCUGGCAUGCAUUAUUCCUAUAUAGAAUAUUGUUCUCCUUAUUUCCCCUCCUGAUGAAGUUGAGGUAACAACUGAUAAGUCUUAAAAAAAACAAAAAAAACAAACCAGGCUUGGAAACUAUAGACACUCAGGGCUGCACUUUUUCAGGCUAUCCAGGCAUGGAGUUCUACAACGUAAGAUUCUAUAUAUGGAUGGAGCGCAUUACCAGCAAUUAUUGUGAGGAAGUCUCCUCCUUUUAGUGUGGUCACCUGUACUACUAAAGAUCAGCAUUUUUAUUUAUAUGAGCAAUUACCACAUUUUUUGUAUGUGGAUAAUAUAUAUGGAUGUUGGUUAAUGACUCAUUUAAGUUUUUCUUAUGUGUGAGGAGUCCGAUUCCCUAGUAUAAGUGAGGCAUUUCACCUACAGUGCCCUUUUCCAAGAUGCACUCCACAUGCAUAAGUUAUUUUUGUGAAGCAAUAAGUAAUGGUUUCUCAGACAAGCGCGCAGUUUCUUGUCCUUGGUAUCUGCUUUGUUUUUCACUAUUUUACUUCUGGUUUUACAGAGAAUUGUUAAGCAUAUAGUGCUUAUGUACAUACACGUAUUCAAAAGGGUGAGUGUAAUAAAACGAUUAAAGAAGGA